UGUGACGACGCUGCUUAGUUGUGUGUAAACCACUGGAUCGAUCACUAACUACGCAAAGCCAAAGCUUGGAAUAACCAUAGGUAGCCCCCCGCACCCCCUAAAACUGGAAGCAAUGAUCAAUACCCACUGGGGACGACUCCCCCGCGCCAUACCUCUGGCUGUGAUACUGACGCUGCUGGCUAUCCAACUGCUGGCAGUCGGUGGCGAGGCCUCGGGCAGUCCGGGAGAUGCCGCAGCCAGUGCCUCCAACUAUCGCUUUGGGCUGCGACUCUCCUCCAGACUGGGACGGAGUCAGCCCAAUGUCAACGUCGCCGUCUCGCCCAUCCUCGUGCAGACGGCACUCGGCCUACUGUAUGCUGGAACCGAGCCCGACUCCGCUGCGGCCAGGGAGCUGCGCGAGGCACUCGAUCUGCCGUAUACGGGCAGCCCGCGACAGUCGCUCAAUGGUCUCCGGGAGCUGCUCUCCGAGCUAAAGCAAUCCUCUGCCGUGGGCUGUCGGCUGCGCCUCCUCAGCGACUUCUACACUCUACAGCGCUUCACCUUCAACUAUCGGGAUGAGUUUCAGGCACUCGCCAACCAAAUGGGAGUCGGCAGCCAUCGCCUCGACUGGGAAACCCCCGCCAGCGCCGCACAGGCCAUCAACUAUGACUUCCUUAGCCGCAGCAACUACAGCGUGGGCGAGUUGGUCACCGCUUCGCAGCUCGGGAGCAUCUCCGACAACGACACGCCCUUCGUGCAUGUGUCGGCGGUGACGUUCCGGGCACCCUGGGCCCAGAGCUUCGACCCGGACGAAACGCAGCGCAUCAAUUUCUUCAGCGAGGGACAGCGGCCCAAGUUGGUGGAGGCCAUGUUUGGGCAGCAUCGCUUCAGGUAUGCGGAGGUAGCCGCUCUGGACGCGGAGCUGAUCGAGCUGCCCUUUGCCACAGCCGAUCUGCGGCUGCUCCUCAUCUUCCCGAAGCGAGCGGAUGGACUGCCGGAGCUGGAGCAGCAGCUGGGCAAGUACGAUCUUCAGUAUCUGAGGGGGCAGAUGAGUGAGCGCAAGGUGGCCCUCACACUGCCCAAGUUCCAGGUGCUGGUCCACGCACAGCUCGCCAAGGUUCUGAAAGAGUUGGGUUUGAGGAGGCUCUUCACAGCGGAGGCUCAGCUGAGCGAAGUCUUCAGCUCGCUGCUCGCCAGCUCGGCCCCCCAUCUGGGCGAGAUGGCCCAGAGCACACUGCUGGAGCUGCAGGAGGCGGGUGGCUCCGCUGGCGAUUCGUUCUCCUUUGGGGAUUUGUUUCGACGCGCCCUGCCCCUGGUCAUCAAUCAUCCGUUCUUCUACGCCAUCGGCAAUGACAAGACCCUGCUGCUGGCCGGCCACAUCGUCGACAUCUGAGUGCCCUCCGCCGCCGUAGCCGCCCUCGCCACCGCCUAAUGUAUAUUCAAUGCGAUUCACUCCAGCCGGAGGAAGGCCACACUGGGGUUAUCGUCUUAUCAGACCCUGCUCAGCUCAAAUCAGUUUUAGUUCGUAGCAAAAUAAACGAAGACCAAAAUAA